UGUAGGCGCGCCGCGUCGAGCUAGAUCGUGAUUCGCGGGUACGCUCGCCUGCUUGAUCGAGCGAUGCUAAGAAACAGGGCGUCCUCGAGUUUCUCACGCAUCAUAUCCUCCGAUGGCGCAGCCGCUGGCUAUCAUCCGCAGCCAAAGACCCCUCCAUCAUGCGGGGUGGUGACACCACAGAGGUAGCGGAGGUAAGCGGGCUUUUAACCGCACUCCAGUCCCGAGCACUUUCCAUCGGGUUGUUGAGCUAUCUUCUAGUAUCAGCCAAGCAGUGGCACUGCGAUGACAGUUUGGCUGGCUGGGAGCAAACAUGUUGACGGCAUCGCGGAAGGUUACUGGCCUCAGAGUCGCUUUUGAGAAAUGCCCGGCUCGCCCUUAUGUCGAGUUGAGAGUUCCAGACGAGCUCGGAUCGGUGGACCAGCUGACGGUAGUCACCGUAUCACACGAUCAGGGCUUCAGCCACGAGGAAGAAAGUCUUGGGGGAACCUACGAGGCAUCCUGGAGUUGGUUCGCGCUGAGCGUCGUCUCUCCUUCAAACCACGCACGAGCUCCUAUCAAUGAUGUGCAGCGCAACGUUCAUGCCAGAUUCGAGCCCAAGAGGCACGAAAACGUCUACAAAGCAAGCAGCUCCGACGCCGAAGUGCGCAAGCUUGUGUCAUCCAUCCGCGGAGGCGACCUUAUCCAGUUGAUCCCCCGCGCCGCGUUUAAUGCCUGGGCCAACUAUGUCUACGAAGCGGAGCUCAAGGUCGAAGGCUAUGCGGCUACGAGGGUAGACCCUAGCAGCUUGGAGACGCCUGCUGGUCUGUACGCACCGCUCGACAAGCAAACCAAGGAAAUUCGCGUCAUGGCAAUCGACGCCGGAGAUUUCGAAGAUGCUAUCAGCUGCACGCUUCGGACAAUACCAAUGAGCGACAGCAACCACAUCGAAUACAAUGCUCUGAGCUACUGCUGGGGCAGCGCUGGAGGCAGUCGCUCUAUUCAGGUGCGCGUUCCAAAGCAGGCGGCAGGCCAGUUGGGGGCGAGCGACGACGAGGUUUACAAUGUUUGCAUUACUUGGAACCUUUUUGAUGCCAUUCGGCACAUCCGCCCCAAAAGAGGCGUAUAUCUUCUUUGGGCGGACUAUGUCUGCAUCGAUCAAAACAAUCUCGCAGAGCGAGCCGAACAGGUGGCCAUCAUGCGCCAUAUAUAUUCCGAGGCCUCCCAAGUGCACGUCUGGCUCGGGCCGAGAGUCGAGGUGGGCAGGUGGUCUAGCGAAGACGUGUUUGCGUCGCUGCGGACGGUCCAUGAGCGCUUCUUGGGCCGCGGCGUGGAUGGGUGCCUCGGCGGGCCGCAGGCGGCGCCACACAAGGACUUUGCUCACACGGAUGCCACCGGCCUCGAGAUCAAGAUCCCCAUGGACGACUUCUUCAGCAGUUGGUGGCACAGAUGCGAUUUUGCUUGGUUUAGGCGCACCUGGGUCCUCCAAGAGGUCUCCAACGCGCGCCGGAAACCCGCAGUCGUGCACUGCGGCCGCGACACUCUCCUGUGGCCCGUCGUCCUGCGCGCCGCCAAGUGCGUCAGGAGGAUGAUGCACAUUAUGCCCGACGACAGGCACGGCUUCUCCAUGAUGCCGGCUAUAUUCCUGCGCCUGGUUGGAACGCCCGACGGUGACCUCGCGGGCCAGGGCCAGCCACAGAAAAUGCCGGGAAUCCUCGAGGUGCUCGUGGGCGGGCAUGACCUGGAAGCCUCGGACCUGCGAGACAAGAUCUUUGCGCUGCUGCAGUUUGGCGCCGAAACCUGGCAUGUCGAGGGGCUUCCGCCCUUGGUCCGUCCAGACUACGCCAAAACUACCGUCCAAACGUACGCCGACUUUACCCGCUGGUGGAUCAUCCAAGCCCGAUCGCUCCGUAUCCUUUCGGCCGUCCAUACCACUCGCUACCGCGGCUGGCAGCAGAUGACGGCUGACGAUCCGCCCGAGCUUGGCACGGGGCCGGGGCUUGACGACCGCCCGACCUGGUCGUUUUGGCACGGCGGCACGGCGAGCUGGGCCGAGGCGACCUUGGGCCUGUCGCCCGACACCAAGUAUAGGGCCGCCGGAGAGACGGUUCCGGAUGCGCAGUUGCUUCGCUUGCCCCACCUCCCCGAGACUAGCCAGUCCGGCAGCGCCGCGGCCACCACCGGGCUCCUGCUGCGCGGCCGCAGGGUUUGCACCAUCAAGUCCAUCGUGCCCUUUCCGGUGCACUUCGGGUACUCGGAGCACCCAGACGACAGGCGCCCCCCGCCCCGCGAGCUUGCCGCGCCCUUCAUCAAGCUCUUCGACCCGGUGGGCGCGCGCAGGACGUGGUUGUGGAACAGGGAGGGUUCACAAGGCGGGAUGCUGGCGGACCUCGACGUCCGAGGUGGGCACAGCAGGGACGGCGAUGCGGCAGAGCACUACAAGCAUGCCCGGGAUCACGACUUCAGUCCCACAUUGGAUUGCUGCAGUCCUUGCUACUUUGGCGCGGAUCCCGUAGGGCCCGUCGAGGUAGUGGUGGACGACGAGAGCUCCCAGAGAGCCGGCGAGCUGCUCGGCCUCUGCCCCUACAUGAGCCGCGCUGGCGACAUUGUGGUUGUUCUCGAUGGCGGGCCGGUGCCGUAUGUGCUGCGGGAGACGGCCAAGGAAGGAAGUUACUAUCUGGUUGGAGAGUGUUAUCUACGCGGUUUCAUGAACGGAGAAGCCUUGCAAGAGCGGGGUGGAAAUAUGCUGUUUGAGGCCGAGAUAUUCACGCUAAUUUGAGUUUUUGCUUUGCUAUUCGUUUCCAAUUUCCUCCCUUACAACCCGCGCCUCCUGGCAGCCAGGGCAGAUCCGGUU